AUUUUUUUGGUAUAAACGUUAUACUAAGAAUGCUUUUUACAAUGACUUCUUCUUCGUCACACAGGCUUGUGUUCUUCUGCUUAGCUUGCCUUCUGUUCACCUUCUCUUACAACUUUGUGGCUGGUGAAUCCGACAAAGUGAAGCUCAAUCUUUACUACGAAUCAAUUUGUCCCUAUUGUCAGAGUUUCAUAGCCGAUGGUCUAGUCAAAAUAUUUGACUCUGAUCUACACACAAUCACUGAUCUAAAGCUCGUUCCAUUCGGGAACGCUCAUGUCUCCGAUAAGCUGACUGUCACUUGUCAGCAUGGUGAAGAGGAAUGCAAACUAAACGCCAUCGAAGCUUGCGCCAUAAGAACUUGGCCCGAUCCGAAUGUACAUUACUGGUUCAUAAGGUGCAUCGAAAACGACACAACAAACUGGGAAUCAUCAUGUUUUACGAAAUAUGGAGGUAAGAAGGCCAUCAAAGAUUGUUAUACCAGUGAUCUCUCUAAAACUCUCAUACUUGGUUAUGCAAACCAGACUUUAAGUUUGAAGCCGAAACAUAUUUACGUACCAUGGGUCACAGUUAACGGCAAACCACAAUACGAGCAUCUUGAUGAUUUUGUUGCCCAGGUGUGCAAAGCGUACAAAGGAAAGGCUUCGCUUCAAAAAAUCUGCCAUUCCUCUGCUCUGUCUAAGUCACCUCAGAGCAAAGUGGUGAAGCUUCAAGUCUCCUAUGCCGAUGAAGUUUUCAAUCACCAAGCAAAAAACUUAAACUAAGAUGGAUUUAAGCUAUGUUACAAGUGGAAUGACAAAUGAAAGAUCUUUUUAUAAA